AUGGAGCGCAAGAACGACAUUUUGAGCGAGUGGGCAACCAUCGAGCUCUUCAACAUGCCCGAUGCUGGCCCUGAUCAACGCGCUCAGUUUUUCAAAUUUCUGCGUCAAAAUAAACUCUCCGAAAUGAUGAAAAAAUUCGCGGAGUCGAAGCAGAGCGACGACGAGACGAGUGAAACCCACCAGGUUUCUGCUGCUGAAACUAAGAUCCCGGUGGAAUUCAAUCAGGAGUCAAGUGGCGUUGCGAGUGAAUCGCAAGAAAACAGCAUUGCUGAGAUUGCAGAUUUGUGA